AUGUCGUCCUCCAUCAUUGAAACCAUACCCAUCGAUCACGUGCCUGCCGAUCACGUCGUUCACGUCGCUUUCUUCAAGGAGAUCGAGAAUGCUGCCUUUUUGCACCAACAGCUCCUCGACCGCAACGCAGACUUUGAGUAUGCAUUGAUCGAUGCCUCCGUGGCCGUCUCCCGAACCCAUAUCCUGGCUGCGGCCUUCAAGGCCGUGACCGCAAAGGUUGACGGCAGCCUCAAGACCCCAAACGUCCAUUCCGAACUCGUCGCGUCCCUCAGCUCUGCCAACAAUAUUGCAGAAGCCUACCGUCGCUAUGGUAUCAGCCCGUCGACCAAGGACGUGAUCGUCGUCAAAAUCACCUCCCCGAGCGGCCCGCCCUCUGCCCAAGACGUGGAGCAACAUCUCAAGGAUAACUUCCAGGGUACCCCGACCCCGUUUACGGACGAAUCCAUUGCGACAUCGACAGAUUGGGCCAAGGUGCGCAAGUACUAUAAGUUGAACGGUCUCGCAUGGCUCGACGCCAUCAAGGACGAAGCGGAGCGCAGAGAACAGCUGGAGACUCUGGUUCUGGGUGCAAUGGCAUUGCGCACGGCAUAA